UCACUCGUCCUUUCGGGGAUUUUUCACCUGCGGAAGCACUCUCCAUCUCACACAUCAGCUCGCUCUCUCUCUCCCCUCGCCAAUCAAACCUACCGCCCCCAUUUCUCUCGCCUCUCCCCUCUCUCUGCGCGUUUCAUUGUUAGGGUUUCUGAUCUUUCUUCUGAAAAUCAAAGAAUCAGAGGUCUUAUCUCUUCAAAACCCUAAUCAAUUUUGGCACUUUGAUUACCAACAAUUUGGAAAACUUUCUAUUACACCUCUCAAAUUGUCUACCAAAUUUAGCCAUGGACGCUGAUUCUUGGAGUGCUCGUCUCUCUUCUGCAUCAAAGAGCUAUAAAUCGGCCCUUCAAUCUCGAUCUGAUAUGUUCAUGGGGUUUGAAGAAAUCGAUGGAGAUGAUGAUAUAAGGGAGGAGUUUCCUUGCCCUUUUUGUUCAGAGUAUUACGAUAUUGUUGGAUUGUGUUGUCAUAUCGAUGAUGAGCAUCCUGUAGAGGCGAGGAAUGGGGUGUGUCCAGUUUGUGCCAUGAGGGUGGGGGUCGACAUGGUUGCACAUAUAACCUUGACAACCCUGAAGAUGAGAAAUUCAACAUCGGUGGAGCUAAGUUACCAUUGCGCAACAACGACAUCAGAGCGUGACGAAGAAGAUGUGGCGAAAUUGCUGUGUCUUUAUGUGUGCGCCAAGUUAUUUUUCGCAACGACCGGCGAGCAUAUAGGUUGGGCAUUUGUCCGUGUGAUCGACAAACUAGACACAUUACAACAGUAUGACUGGAGUGCAACAAUAAGGAACACAUUGAUUGCGUCACUGAAUGAGAUGCACAAUAAGCCAGAGAAGGUCACUGGUUGCGUAGUAGCAUUGCUGUUUCUUAUUUGUGAGCAUUCCAACAUCAUCGCUCCGGAACGGCCUGACGUGACACCACGAUUUUGUCGAUGGAACAUUGCAUCCGCUGUGGGUAAACUAAGAGCAAUAAAUUUGUCGUCAGAAGGUUGCUUUGAGGUCCACUGUGCCAAACUUGUUGGGACGAUUAAUGAAUGUCAUAUUCUGAAGGUGUCUGCUGCUGCUAUUGAAACAAAAGAAUGUGGUAGAAUUAGGAUGGAUGUGGAACCACCUGGAGUGUGCGAUGAACGCAGGGCUGUGAUUGAGACAGAUGAUGUUGGCAGCGUGGAGCCAAGCUUCAAUUGUUGGCAGCCGGCCAAAAAAACCAAGGGUGACAUGCAAAUGGAGGGGGGCAAUGACUAUGAUAAUAAAAAUACUGGAACACCAACCAGCAAGGAAAAAGUAGCUGGGAAGCUGGUGUCACGUGGAGAUGUUUUGCCGGUAUUGUUCCCAGAUCUUCUGGAACUGGCCAGCACUCCAGAUGGUGAAGACGUGGGUGAGGAACAAAGAGGGGUGCACAAUGAGCUGAUAACUUGUAAAGUCAGAAUUACUGAAUUAGAGAGCCAGAUCAAUAUGAAAGACGUACAGAUAUGUGAACUGGAACAGCGUGUGGAAACACUGGAAAAACUGCUCGGGCGGCAUGCUGGUAAUUUGUUUGCAAACUUAAAUACUGUGAUUGUGGAUAAGGAAUCUGAAAUUGCCCGGCUCAAAAAGCAGGUUGAUCGAUUGGAGAAAAAAAUAAGCAAUUUGGAAGAUAGUCUUGAUGACCUCGAGGUGCACGAGGUGACACAAUUUGCUGUGAAUGAUGGAUCAAAUCAGCGGACACCAAGUAAUAGUGUGUCAGGGAAAGUGAGUGGGUCUGCCAAUGUGACGAGUUGCGAAAGUGCGCAGCAGUUUGCAUGUCCUACAGGGCAACCCGAAGACGUGCAGAUCAACGAAUUACAACUUGUUGACAAUGACCCUGGGAUUGAAGAUUUGACCGAUGACUUUGCAGAUGGGAUUGUGCAUACAACUGUAGCAAUGGGUGAGGGUAGCUGCAGCCCCAUAAAUGCACAGACAGUAACUGCUGGCAAUGUAAAAGAUGGCGCAGCUGUCGUUGUUGUAGAAGGUCAUUGCGAACACACAGCAGGUGCAACAAGUUCUGGGCCGAAAAUUACGUCACUUAUGAAAAGGGUGAAGAACAAGGCAAGACGGGAAUUUAGGUUAUCAGACUACGAAUAUCCCGGCAUAUUUGGGCGUACACAGGUAAACACCAAUGUCAGACUUGGUAAAUCAGUUGAACUAGGGGUGAUUUACAGUGUUGAGGACGUCGAGGUGGAGCGUAAAACCUGGAAUGGCUUCAGUCUGAAUAGGCGGCACACUGUGUGGAACAUGCUGAAGGAUGAAGACCGGGAACUACUACAAAGAAUGUACACUUUAGAGGGGGACGGGUUAAUAGUAUGGGAUGGUGGACACAAUGGAAUACAAGUUCAUUUCACGGACAUCAAAGAUUUGGUGCAGCAGAACUCCAUACACGGCAAUGUAAGCUGGUUUCGUGUAACGAAUCGUAGAGUAUUUAUUGAUUCUUUAAUUAUUUUAAAAAAACAUAUGCAAAUCUGACCAUUGCUUCCUUUGUGAAUUGAGUGAUGUGGCAGUCGGAAAGGGCAAAUGAAUUUUAAAACACAGUGAACAAAAUGUAAAUGGA